UCAUUCCCCAUCAUAAAAUAUGCAUCAACGAGACUAUUGGGAAUCUCUUUACCGUGAAGAAUACGACAGUUUUAUAAAGUACAACCUUUAUGGAGAAGAUUGGUUUGAACAGUAUACAGAUGGAGGUCGCAAAAUUGUAAACUUUAUCGAUAUUUUAAGAAUAGAAUAUACGGGUAGCCAGUGUUCCUUCUUAGACUUGGGUUGUGGAAAUGGACAGUUCCUUUUCCUGUUGGACCCAACCAAGUUUACAAAGAUUCUAGGGGUAGACUACUCUUCUUCUGCUAUUGAGUUGGCAAAAGAGAUGGGUGAAAAGAAGAACUCACCGAUAGAUUGGUUACAAGCAGAUGUUUUUGCUUUGCCACCUAGAGUAAGCAAUGAUGAGUGGAAUAUAAUACACGAUAAAGGAACUCUGGAUGCCAUAGAGUUGCAAGGAACAAAACUUGUUCGUGAUUACUUACAAGUAGUGGUUGACUUGUUGGCGCCAAAAGGUUAUUUUAUCGUUACUUCUUGUAAUAAGACACUCGAUGAACUUGUAUCCAUUUUAGACGGCAAGCUUUCAUUUUAUAGAAACCUAACUUAUCCAGUAUUUCGUUUUGGUGGACAAGAAGGCACCGUACUUGUAACUGCAGCCUUUGUGAAGUAACUUGUAUUUCGUUGUAUUUGACA